AGCAUUUCAAACGCAUGUGAACACUGAGAGGAAGAGGAUAUAAGGCACAAAACAGCAACAAGGACCCCACUCGAACGUCCAUAAUUCAAGGGAAGGCAAAUACAGAGUUCUGUACAAUCUGUCUUGGGCGGCACGGUGGCGCAGUGGUUAAGAGCGGUCACCUCACAGCAAGAAGGUCCUGGGUUCGAGCACCGGGGUAGUCCAACCAGGGUUUCCUUCACGCUGCAUCAUGCCGGUGCAGAGAACCACGGUGCAGGUGCUCCUGCUGCUCUGCUGUGUGGCCCUGUGCUGGGAGCUGGUCAAAGGAGGCUCCAGCUUCCUCAGCCCUGCUCACAAACCACAAGGUAAGGGGAAGCCAUCCCGAGCUGGACGCCAAGCCUUCGAAGAGUAUGUCCAACCUGGGGAAGAUAAUGAUGUCACGCAGGUCAGCGCUCCCUUUGGAACAGGCAUCGCCCUGACAGAGGACGAGUUUGAGGAGUACGGACAAGUAUUGCAGAAAAUCCUGCAGCACCUCCUGGGAAAUACUGCAACAGACUGACCGACUUUGGAUGCCUCAAGAACAUUUUCCAACCAUCAAACUGUUUCUGUAUCCCAUUUGCUUUGGACAGUGAUAAUCAAAACAGUAAAAACCUUUGCCAGA